AUGGAGCACGACUCACUCUCCUCGGGGGGUGAGUGGCACUUCAACCGCUUUUCAAAACUCACAUCUUCUCGGCCACAUGCAGCUUUUGCUGAAAUCCAGCGGACUUCUCUCCCUGAGAAGUCACCACUCUCAUCUGAGACCCGUGUCCACCCCUGUGAUGAUUUGGCUCCUGUGGCAAGACAGCUUGCUCCCAGGGAGAAGCUUCCUCUGAGUAGCAGGGGACCUGCUGCGGUGGGGGCUGGGCUCCAGAAUAUGGGAAAUACCUGCUACGUGAAUGCUUCCCUGCAGUGCCUGACAUACACACCGCCCCUUGCCAACUACAUGCUGUCCCGGGAGCACUCUCAAACUUGUCAUCGUCACAAGUGCUGCAUGCUCUGUACUAUGCAAGCUCACAUCACACGGGCCCUCCACCGUCCGGGCCAUGUCAUCCAGCCCUCACAGGCAUUGGCUGCUGGCUUCCAUAGAGGCAAGCAGGAAGAUGCCCAUGAAUUUCUCAUGUUCACUGUGGAUGCCAUGAAAAAGGCAUGCCUUCCCGGGCACAAGCAGGUAGAUCCUCACUCUAAGGACACCACCCUCAUCCACCAAAUAUUUGGAGGGUACUGGAGAUCUCAAAUCAAGUGUCUCCACUGCCAGGGCAUUUCAGACACCUUUGACCCUUACCUGGACAUCGCCCUGGAUAUCCAGGCAGCUCAGAGUGUGAAGCAAGCUUUGGAACAGUUGGUGAAGCCCGAAGAACUCAAUGGAGAGAAUGCCUAUCAUUGUGGUCUUUGUCUCCAGAAGGCGCCUGCCUCCAAGACGUUAACUUUACACACUUCUGCCAAGGUCCUCAUCCUCGUAUUGAAGAGAUUCUCCGAUGUCACGGGCAACAAACUUGCCAAGAAUGUGCAAUAUCCUGAGUGCCUUGACAUGCAGCCAUACAUGUCUCAGCAGAACACAGGACCUCUUGUCUAUGUCCUCUACGCUGUGCUGGUCCACGCUGGGUGGAGUUGUCACAACGGACAUUACUUCUCUUAUGUCAAAGCUCAAGAAGGCCAGUGGUAUAAAAUGGAUGAUGCCGAGGUCACUGCUUCUGGCAUCACUUCUGUCCUGAGUCAACAGGCCUAUGUCCUCUUUUAUAUCCAGAAGAGUGAAUUGGAAAGACACAGUGAGGGUGUGUCAAGAGGCAGGGAACCAAGAGCCCUUGGCCCUGCAGACACAGACAGGCGAGCAACGCAAGGAGAGCUCAACAGAGACCCCUGCCUCCAGGCACCCGAGUUGGACGAGCACUCGGUGGAAAGAGACACUCAGGAAAGCACCUUAGACCACUGGAAAUUCCUCCAAGAGCAAAACAAAACGAAGCCUGAGUUCAACGUCAGAAAAGUCGAAGGUACCCUGCCUCCCAACGUAGUUGUGAUUCAUCAAUCAAAAUACAAGUGUGGCACCAAAAACCAUCAUCCUGAACAGCAAAGCUCCCUGCUAAACCUCUCUUCGACGAACCCGACAGAUCAGGAAUCCGUCAACACUGGCACACUCGCUUCUCGGCAAGGGAGGACCAGGAGAUCCAAAGGGAAGAACAAACACAGCAGCAGGGCUCUGCUUCUGUGCCAGUGA